CUGUCCCCAUGGUGCCACCUGCGAAAGAGACACCCGGCAGCGCGGGGGGGAUGGAGAAGCCGGGGGGGGCAACACCGCCUCCUGCCCCUCCGCCCGCGGGGAUUGGCUGUCCCUGCGGGACCGGCGCGGCCAUCGGGCGCGGGAGCUGUCAAUCAAGAGCGGCCAGGGCUGGCCUCGCAGCUGGGGAGGGAGCCCUCUGUGUGUGUUUUCCCCACGGGCAUGGCGUGGUGGGGCUCGGGGGGGCGAGUCUCCCGGCGGGGCCGCGUGGGGCGAGGGAUGCGGUGCCCCUCCAAACCCCUCCCUUAGAGCGAGGCAACCCGGGGUUCACAGUGGAAACUGAGGUACGGCCAGGGAAGGGGGUGUGUCCCCCCUCCGCCCACUCCGGUGAUGCGAGCCUGUGUCCCCCCGUGUUCCCCCUCCCCGUGGGGCAUCGCCUCCAACCCGGGCUGGCCGUGACCACCCGGCGGGGCCCGGCGCCGCCAGAGCGAACCCGACACCGUGGCGGUUUCAGGCGGACACACACUGGGACGCAGCCACCCUGCCGAGACACCGUGCCACGCGUGAACACCGGUGCGACACGAGUGAGCACAACGCUCCUCCAGGCUGGGGGAACUGCAGAGCUGCUCCAGCAGGGCUGCAGGAAGGGAACACACAGGCACUGCAUCCCAUUAACUGCCCCUCUCCAGAAGAUGCCACCGUCCCUCCCUACCACCAUCAACAUCCGGGAGCCCCGCUGGGACCAGAGCACCUUCCAGGGCCGGGCCAAGCACUUCUUCAUGGUGACUGACCCCCGAAACCUGCUGCUCUCGGGGGCCACUCUGGAGGAGGCUCGCCGGGUGGUGGAGGACUACAGAACCACACCAGCCGUGCUGUUCUGGCAGUGGGUCAACCAGUCCUUCAACGCCAUCGUCAACUACACCAACCGCAGUGGGGAUGCACCUAUCUCCCCCAGCCAACUGGGAACAGCUUAUGUGAGUGCAACCACGGGGGCAGUUGUCACAGCACUGGGGCUCAAAUCUCUCACCAAGCACUUGCCAGCCAUCAUCGGCCGGUAUGUGCCUUUUGCAGCUGUGGCUGCUGCCAACUGCAUCAACAUCCCGCUGAUGAGGCAGAGAGAGCUCAAGCUGGGAAUCCCUGUCACGGAUGAGAACGGGAACCGCCUGGGGGAGUCCACAGCUGCAGCCCAGAAGGCUAUUUUCCAGGUUGUGGUGUCCCGCAUCGGCAUGGCAGCCCCGGCCAUGGCCAUCCCUCCGGUGAUCAUGAAUGCCCUGGAGAAGAGAGCUUUCCUGAAGCGGUACCCGUACCUGAACGCUCCUCUGCAGGUCGGCCUGGUGGGACUCUGCUUGGUGUUUGCGACCCCGCUGUGCUGUGCACUCUUCCCACAGAAAAGCUCGAUGCCAGUGAGCCGCCUGGAACCUGAAGUCCAAGCUCGGAUCCGGGAGAAAGACCCAUGGCUGGAAACUGUCUACUUCAACAAAGGGCUCUGAACAGGGGUCAGGCGGCCGAGAUGCCUACUGCGGAGCUGCUGGGCCAGCACAUUGCUGAGCUUUUCCCCUCAGAUCCCUUCGGGGCCGCUGCCGCUUUCCCUUGGCUGUUAUGUGUCUGUAGGUUCCAGGUGCUCAGCCCUGCAUCCCAGGAUGCCCGCAGCACUACACCACGCCAAACCCUGUCCCCAUGCCUUGGCUCAGCCCCGCUCUGGGGACAUCCUGGCUGCCACCCCUGUGCACGUCUUUCGUGCUCAGCCUACCUGUAGCUGUGUGCUGGAGCGUGGGCAGCAGCACCAGGGACCUUGUGAGUGGGGAUGUGGGGUGGGGAAGAAAAUAAUGUAAUCACAGAAUAGUUCAGGUUGGAAGGGAUCGUCAAAGGUCAUCUAGUGCUACUCCCUUGCAAUGGGAGGGACAUCUUCAACUAGAUCAGGUUGCUCAGAGCCCCAUCCAGCCUGGCCUUGAAUGUUUUCAGGGAUGGAGCAUCUACCAGUUCUCUGGGCAACCUCUUCCAGUGUUUUACAACCCUUGUGGUAAAAAAUUUCUUCCUCACGUGUAGCCUGAAUGGUGCUCCUCAGCUUUAGGAGGCAGUGGACAAUCAUGGUGUUUAUGGGUUGAACCCCUCUGCAGGCACCUCAUGUUCCCCAUCAGUUUAGCAGCUGGUGCCUGGGGAUGGCAGAGCAGCUUUUGGAGAGGAAAACUCCCCAUACCCAAAAUAGCUGAGGGUGAGUGAUUUCAAGCGCACACAGCAGCUCAGAUGCUGGGGUGGCUCUCCCAGCCCGGGCAUGUGAUCUCAGCUCACCCUCUGCUCUCAUCUGGGCUGUUCCGGGGAUUUAAUCUGGCUUUCUGCUCCUUCCAUCCCCAGAGCAAAUGGCACAUUUUAAUCCCAGCAGAGAGUCUCCAUUUUUAUUCUCAUUUUAAUACCAUCUCUGUUCAGGGCUGGGCUCCCCCCGAGGGGUCAUUCUAUCCCCUCCUGGAGUGCUUGCUUUCAGGUAGACCUUCUUAAACAGCUUUAAGUGCACCACGUUCUCCUCUAGUUAUUUUUUGAUAAACAUACAAUGUACCUAUAUGUACCAAAUAAUAAAAGCAGGUUGUUUAUACAAAACCAAAAGCAAAGAGAAAA